UCUGUUGCAGUGUUUUAAUUAAUGUUGUGCUUCCUUUUACUGCGCACUUCAUUUGUUCUAUUCUGUGGCUUGAAGCGCACAUCUGAGGCGGUCUUCCGGGAGGGCAGCGCGUGCUGGAAACGAAAUCGAAAGAGUUUUUUUUACUCCGACAGUCAGCCUUAAGUCUUUUGUCGAUCAAGUCUGCAGUAAAAUGAACUCUAAAUUCCCAACUACGGUGACCAAACGUUACGACCCGGGUGACGUCACCAUUCCAUUUGUGAACGCGGAUGAUGAAUUCGACUUCCAGUGUGAAGAUUUUCCAAGUCCCACUGCUCGGAUGUCCUGUGGUCACGUUGUAACCCCGAUGUCUCUCACCAAAUAUUGCCUUCAUCUGUUGGGAAAGGGGGAAUGCAAACUUGUCUGUGGCCAGUUUAACUGUAAUGUAGAGUGGCCAUAUGAGGAGGUUCGUAAAAUGGCUCUCCUGACCCCUGAAGAAAAGGAGUACUUUGAAAAGAUCAUGGCCCACAAUGCUGUCAAGAAUUACUUUGACUCCAAAUUUUGCCCUGGAUGCAAAUUCUCAGUGACAAGAAAAGAUGAGUCUAAUCUGAGCGUUCGCUGCCAAGUCUGCACAACAAACAAAGGACGCAUCUAUGAAUUCUGCUGGCAGUGUUUGAGGCAGUGGAAAGGUCCACAACCACGUUUGGACCGCUGUGAUAAUGACGGCUGCACCAACGAUUCACUAAAAACACUCACAGCCUGCCCAGCUUUGAUCUUUGAGAGUGUGAAAGGGGUCACUGGAUGUCCUUCCAUCCGGGCUUGUCCUACCUGUGGUACUCUGCUGGAGCACAAUGGAAAACAAUGUAAAAAUAUUAUGUGUCGCCAAUGUAAGGUGGAGUUCUGUUUUGUGUGCUUAAAGGUCACUACCAAAUGUAAGUCAGAUCCUAACUAUAACUAUUUUGGUCCAUGCUUCAGUGGCCUUGCUCCCCGACAGACUGUUAUCCCUGUGUGGAACAGGAAAAAGUGAAUCACUGUGUAUUUUUUAAUAACUCAGCAUACUGAUUUUUCUAAUUAUCGUCCGAUUUCCAAACUCUCGUUUUUAUCCAAGAUUAUUGAGAAAGUAGUUCACACUCAACUUUCCAGUUACUUAGAUCAUAGCCUCCUCAUCACUUUCAGUCUGGCUUUAGACCUCACCACAGCACAGAAACUGCACAUCUUCAUGUAUGAAAUGAUAUCCUGGUGGCAACUGAUUCUGGUUCCCAUGUCCUUCUGUUACUCCUGGACCUCUCUGCUGCCUUCGACACAGUGGACCAUGACAUCCUACUUAGGAGGUUGGGGGUAACAGGGAUCCCACUUCAUUGGUUCAGAUCAUAUUUGUCAGAUAGACAAUUUAGUGUUCACAUUGACAGCUUUUCCUCUCCAUCUACUCCACUUCACUGGGGUGUGCCUCAGGGUUCGAUUCUAGGGCCACUCCUAUUCUCGAUUUACUUAUUGCCACUGGGGAUGGUUCUGACAAACCUUGGAAUAAGUUAUCACCUUUACGCGGACGAUUGCCAGAUUUAUCUGGCUUUAAGUAAACCUGACUCAACACGCCUCCUUGUCGACUGUAUUACUGCAGUUAAAGGCUGGCUGUCGGAGAACUUCCUUUGCCUUAACGAAAACAAGACCGACGUCAUUCUUUUUAAUCCAAUAAAUCCAAAGCAUGCACCUGGUGACUACCCUCUACCGUUUUUAAAUCUUAAAUCCUGUGUAUCCAGUCUGGGAGUGAAACUUGACUUUGAUCUGUAAAUGAGUUCACAAAUUAACUCCACAGUCCGGUCCUGCUUUUUUCAACUACGUCAUAUCUCGCGCUUAAAGUCAAUAGUCAAACGACCUCAGCUGGAGUUGAGACUAUGCCAACUCACUACUUGUUGGUGACAGCGCCUCAGCAAUCGAGCAUCUACAGAGUGCAAAAUGCGGCGGCUAGGUUCCUGACAAACACCUCGAGACGCUGUCACAUUUCACCCGUCCUUGCACGCUUGUACUGGUUACCUGUUAAAUACAGCAUCCAAUUUAAGGUUUUGACCUUUGUCUACAACAUUCUGAAUGGUCAAGCCCCGGAUUAUCUUUCAGAACUGAUAAAGCCUUAUGCUCCAACCAGAAACCUGAGAUCUGCAGAUCAUUUGCUUUUGUGCGUCCCGAAAAUGAGGUAUAAAUCUCGUGGAGCGGGCCUUUGUGUUCACUGCUCCUAAACUCUGGAAUGCUCUCCCCCUUAGUGUUCGACAGGCCCCAGAACUGGGUCGAUUUAAGUUGGUACUGAAGGCCUUCUUCUAUCAUUUAGCUUUUAUUCAAUUAUCUAGUUUUUAGUGUUUUUACGUUUUAUUGUGACUGUAUUUUAUUGUUGUAUGUUUCUUUUACAAUUUUUUGGAUUUUACCUCUUACCUCCUAUAUGACUUUUAUCUGUUUUUAUCUUGGGGUUUAUCCUUUUUACUGUACAGCACUUUGGUCAGCUGUCAUGUUUUUAAAUUUGCUAUAUAAAUAAACAUGGUAUGGUAUGG